AUGACCAAAAAACUUUUGGUACCCGUUAACUAUGCUAAUCCGGAUCAAAAAAGUGGAAUUCGAAGCAAUGAGACUGCCGGGCAUUCGGUCGCCGCCCGUUCCUACUACGACGUGGGUCAAUCCGCCGGACAAUCGGGAUGCUCCGUGGGCACGGAGUGCACUCCCCUACACGACUGCACCGCCCUGAUCUACGAGGUGGCCCGGAGUUGCUACUACGGCGACAAGUCGCUCUACUGCGGCGGAGCCAGCGACGAACUGCCCUACGUCUGCUGCCCCAGCAGUCCGUUGGAGAAGAACCAGGUUUGCGGAAAGUCCCUGGUUCAGGGACACUUCUACAAGGGACUAGGUUCCUAUCCAUUCGUCGCACGCAUUGGAUUUAAGCACGUCAAUACGGGUGCCUUUGCUUAUCCCUGUGCCGGAGCCGUAAUCGCCCGCCGGGUCAUCCUCACCGCCGCCCACUGCGCUCUGGCCAAGGCCGACGGACACCGACUGUCGUCUGUGCGCGUUGGCGAGUACGAUACGAGUAGCGAUCCGGAUUGUGCCAACACCGGAUUCUGUGCCCCGCGGUCCGUCAACCACGCCAUCAGCCAUGUGAUCGUGCAUCCAGACUACAAGCAGGGCCAGUACCACCACGAUAUUGCUCUGCUGGUGCUCAAAACGCCGCUAAACUAUUCGGUGGCUACACAACCCAUCUGUCUGCAGAAGACACGCGCCAACCUGGUGGUGGGCAAGCGGGCUACCAUCGCCGGAUGGGGCAAGAUGUCCACGUCGAGCGUCCGGCAGCCGGAGAUGUCGCACCUGGACGUACCACUGACCAGCUGGGAUCUGUGUCUUCGGAACUACGGGUCAACGGGCGCCCUGGAGUCCCCGAACUCCAUCGAAGGUCAAUGGAUGUGCGCCGGCGGAGAGGGCAAGGACGUUUGCCAGGGAUUCGGAGGAGCACCGCUUUUUAUACAGGAGAACGGCAUCUUCUCACAGAUUGGAAUUAUGUCCUUUGGCUCGGAUAACUGCGGAGGACUGCGAAUCCCGAGUGUCUACACCUCUGUGGCCCACUUUUCCGAGUGGAUACACGACAACACGCCGCCGGAGUAGGCUCACUGACUUAAUAGCUUAGCCAUUAACCUUAACUUGAAUUACAAAAAUAUGUAUAUAUUUAAAUAAAUAUACACAACAGACUAUUAUUCAAAA